CAGCAUAGAGGCACAUAUGCACAUCCACACAACACAGCACAACCAGAGAGGCAGAGAAAUCCUCUGGCCAUUUCCCUCCUUCAAUCUCUUCUGCUAGCUGCUAUGCUCUGUGCCAGCAGCUAGCUAGCUAGCUGAUCGAUCAAUCACCAAGCAAGGACAUAUAAUUAACACGUACACUUAUAUUAGCAGCUCGAUCUAUUUUAGUCUAAAGCGGCUAGCUAGCCAAGUAGCUCUAGCCAUGAUCCAUCUGAAGCAGCCUCUGACGCUCUCCGCGCAGAGCGGCAAUGUCGGCCCCAUGCCGCUCUUCGCCACGCCGGCGGCGACGAGCGGCCAGCAAAUCAGACGAGCGCGCAGGACGAUCCGCUGCGCGGCGACCGAGCAGGCCGUCAGUACCGUGACGACGACAACGACGCCGGCGGCGGAGAGGGAGAGGGAGAGGGCUCUGACGGUGACGGCUACCGUGACGGCGUUGGCGCCCAUCGGCUCCAUGUACAUCGCCCGCGGCCUCGACGACCUAAAGGACCUCUUCGGCAAGACGCUCCUGCUCCAACUUGUCAGCUCCGACCUCGACCCCAAGACGGGGAUGGAGAAGGAGAGGGUGAAGGGUUUCGCGCACAUGACCAUCAAGGAUGGGGUCUACGAGACGAAGAUGUCGGUGCCGGCGUCUUUCGGCCCGGUGGGGGCGGUGGUGGUGGAGAACGAGCACCACAAGGAGAUGUUCAUAAAGGACAUCAAACUCGUCACCGGCGGCGACGAGAGCUCUGCCGUCGCCUUCCACGUCGGCUCCUGGGUCCACUCCAAGUUCGACAACCCUGACCCACGCGUUUUCUUCUCCGUCAGGUCGUACCUGCCGUCGCAGACGCCGCCAGGGAUCGAGGCGUUGCGGAGGAAGGAGCUGGAGACGCUGCGUGGCGACGGGACCGGCGAGCGCAAGUUCCAUGAGCGGGUCUACGACUAUGACACGUACAACGACCUGGGUGACCCGGACAAGAACAUCGAGCACCUGCGGCCAGUUCUGGGCGGCAAAGAGCACCCCUACCCUCGCCGCUGCCGCACAGGACGCCCCAAGACCCUUCGCAGCCCGGAGACGGAGAAGAGGAGCUCGUCGGUAUACGUGCCGAGGGACGAGCAGUUCUCGGGCAUCAAGGGGCUGACGUUCAGCGCGACGACGCUCCGGUCGGGGCUGCACGCCGUCCUGCCGGCCCUCAGCCCGCUCAUCAACAACUCCCCGACGUUCUCGCACUUCCCGGCCAUCGACGCGCUCUACGACGACGGCAUCCCGCUGCCCGGCGACGUCGCCGGCGCCUCCUCCUUCGCCAGCGUCAUCCCGCGCGUCGUGCGCAUGAUCGAGGACACCACCGAGCACGUACUCCGCUUCGAGGUCCCCCAGAUGGUCGAGAGGGACAGGUUCUCGUGGUUCAGAGACGAGGAGUUCGCCAGGCAGACGCUCGCAGGCCUCAACCCUAUCUGCAUCCGCCUCCUCACGGAAUUCCCCAUCAUGAGCAAGCUGGACCCGGCGGUGUACGGGCCGGCAGAGUCGGCGCUUACCAAGGAGCUCCUGGAGAAGAUGAUGAGCGGCCUAAACCCCAUGACGGUGGAGGAGGCGGUGGAGCGGAAGAGGCUCUUCAUCCUGGACUACCACGACGUGUUCCUGCCAUACGUGCACAGGGUCCGGGAGCUUCCCGACACCACGCUCUACGGCUCCCGUACCGUCUUCUUCCUCACCGACCAAGGCACACUGAUGCCGCUCGCCAUCGAGCUGACUCGCCCGCAGUCCCCCACCAAGCCACAGUGGAAGCGUGCCUUCACGCACGGCCACGACGCCACCGACUCGUGGUUGUGGAAGCUGGCCAAGGCGCACGUGCUCACCCACGACACGGGCUACCACCAGCUGGUCAGCCACUGGCUGCGCACGCACGCCUCCGUGGAGCCCUACAUCAUCGCCGCCAACCGGCAGCUCAGCCGGAUGCACCCGGUGUACCGCCUCCUGCACCCGCACUUCCGCUACACAAUGGAGAUCAACGCGCUGGCCAGGGAGGCCCUCGUAAACGCCGACGGCAUCAUCGAGGACGCCUUUUGGCCAGGGAAGUACUCCAUCGAGCUCAGCUCCGUUGCCUACGCCGCCACUUGGCGAUUCGACACGGAGGCCCUGCCGGAGGACCUCGUCUCACGGGGCCUCGCCGUGCGUGGGAACGACGGGGAGCUCGAGCUCACCAUCAAGGACUACCCGUACGCCAAUGACGGGCUCCUCAUCUGGAACUCCAUCAAGCAAUGGGCGUCCGACUACGUCAAGUUCUACUACAAGUCCGACAAGGAUGUCACCGGAGACAAGGAGGUGCAGGCUUGGUGGGAGGAGGUGCGCACCAAGGGACACGCCGACAAGAAGGACGAGCAGUGGUGGCCGGUGUGCGACUCCCGGGACAACCUCGUGCAGAUCCUUACCAUCAUCAUGUGGGUCACGUCAGGGCACCACGCCGCCGUCAACUUCGGGCAGUACCACUACGGCGGGUACUUCCCGAACCGGCCCACGGUGGUGCGGAAGAACAUACCGGUGGAGGAGAACAAGGAGGACGAGAUGAGGAGGUUCAUGGCCAAGCCGGAGGAGGUGCUGCUGGAGAGCCUUCCCUCGCAGAUGCAGGCUAUCAAGGUGAUGGCGACGCUUGACAUCCUCUCCUCGCACUCCCCCGACGAGGAGUACAUGGGAGAGUACGCGGAAUCGGCGUGGUUGGCGGAGCCCAUGAUCAAGGCGGCGUUCGAGAAGUUCAAUGGAAGGCUCAAGGAGGUGGAAGGCACCAUCGACGAGCGAAACAAUAACCAGGACAACAAGAACAGGUGUGGCGCCGGGAUCGUGCCAUAUGAGCUGCUCAAGCCGUUCUCGGGGCCAGGGGUCACCGGGAGGGGCAUCCCCAACAGCAUCUCCAUCUGAGAUUGCGGCUCCGGAGAGCAUAUCAUUGCAUUGUUGCAUGUAGAGUUAAUUUCGAAUAAGAUCCAUGUACAACAUGAACGUACAUAGCUCCCGUGACGCCGGGAGAGGCGUAUGUUUUUUUUUUUGCGACGAAGCGUAUGUCAAUAUGUUUGGGCAAAACUAGAAUGCCAUUAGUUGAUAAUGAAGAUGAUGAUUAAUCGGUAAUGAAGAUAAUGAUUAAUGAGGCCCUCUUUAAUGAUC